AAAAUCAACAUAAUUACCGACCUUAUUUUUCAUCCUUAGAUCCGCUUCAGUGGGAUGAACGCAGUGGAAUUAGUAAACCGGAGCUAGGGCACAAUCCUAGAGCUGCGGGAGGACGCGGAGAAGGAGAAGCAGCAGCGAGAGAGAUAGAAAUCGAAGGUGAGAAGCCAGAGAGGAGGCAGGUGGCGGGAAUAGAAGGUAAGGGAUGGGAGCUCCGAAGCAGAAGUGGACUUCGGAGGAGGAGGAUGCCCUCCGCGCCGGUGUCGACAAGCACGGCGCCGGCAAGUGGCGAACUAUCCAGAAGGAUCCCGAGUUUUGCCACUGUCUGGCUACUCGGUCGAAUAUUGAUCUCAAGGAUAAAUGGAGAAAUAUGAUUGUUAGUGCUACUGGACAAGGUAUUAGGGAGAAGUCAAGGACACCAAAGUCAAAGGAUCAAUCAACUACACAGUCCAGCUCUCAGAGCCCACGCGUUCAGGCACCUGCAAAUGUAGAGAAGCAACCCACAGUGGAAUCCACUAAGGCUCCUCAUGAUGCAAAGAUUCCUUCACGGUACAAUGCGAUAAUAAUGGAAGCUCUUACAGUGCUUCAUGAACCCAAUGGAUCUGAAAUUGGUGCAAUUUGCAAAUACAUCGAGCAAAGAAUGGAGAUACCUUCAGGUUUUAGAAGGUUAUUAGGUUCAAAACUGAGAAGACUCGUUGCACAAAAUAAGAUCGUGAAGGGUCCAAAGGGAUACCAGCUCAAAGAACCUUCCUUCGCAACAAAAACUCCCACACAAAAGCAAAAGGAACCAGCCAACCGCUCGAAGCCGCCUCAAGCUUCUGGCUUUACUAAACCUUUAGAUCCAGUUGAGGAAGCCGCAAUCACUGCUGCGUACAAAAUAGCUGACGCAGAAGCCAAAGCAUUUCUGGCUUCUGAAGCAGUGAAGGAGGCAGAAAAGAUUUCGAAGAUGGCAGAGGAAACGGAUUCAUUGCUCAUGUUAGCAAAGGAAAUAUUCGAAAGAUGUGUACGCGGUGAAAUAGUAACCAUGGCUUAGGCUGCCUGCUUCUUGUAAAUUUACCAUCUUCCUUAUUGGUUGACUUGGAAUCUGAUUUUUGCAAGCAUUUAUGUUACUUGCAUCUGAGUCAUUUAAAAAAAAUAUUUGUCACCAAAUGUGUAUUAUUAGUAGAAUGUUGAUAUCUUAAUGCAUUUGCUGAAAUUUUAAUUUUUA